ACUUUCACAAAUACAAAUGCAAAAACAGUCCUUCACGCCUCUUUAUCUCCCUCUCUUCAUCAUCUUCUCUCUCUAUAAUUAGCAAGCCAUUAGUUGUUAAUACUAAUAAUCUCUUGUUUAUCUUUUUUAGCAGUUCCUCUCCUCCUUUUUACUCAGGCAAAAACCCCUCAAAAACCCCCUGGAAAAACCACAUGCAUGCACAUGUAUAGGGUCAGGAGAGAGAGUAAACUAGUCAAGAAUCAAGAUUACUUGCUUUUUAUCUGCUUUUUCCUUUUUAGUUUUUCUGUUUUUGAUCGAUUGGCAGGAGGUGUAUCUGCAGAAUCACCACCAAUGGGUCGUGGAAAAAUCGAAAUCAAGAAAAUUGAGAAUGCUAACAGCAGGCAAGUCACAUUUUCCAAGAGGCGCAAUGGGCUAUUGAAGAAAGCUUAUGAACUGGGCGUUCUUUGCGAUGCUGAGGUUGCUGUCAUCAUUUUUUCCAACACUGGAAAGUUGUUCGAGUUCGCAAGUUCCAGCAUGCCGCAGAUAAUUGCAAGAUACAAUAAAUGCUUUGAACCAUCUGAUUGUGCAACAGUUGAUCAUCAGCCUGAGCCUCUUCAAGGACCUAAGGAAGAAGACAUUCUCAAGGAGGAAAUUGAGAAGCUUAAGCUGAAACAUUCGCAGAUGUUGGGAAAGGAUCUUGAUGGUUUAGGUCUGAAAGAACUACAGGAGGUUGAACAGCAACUGAAUGAGGGCCUAUCUUCAAUAAAGGCGAGAAAGGAGCGAAUGCUCAUGGAUCAACUUGAGCAAGCAAUGAUGCAGGAGCAAAGGACUUUGCAGGAGAACCAGAGUCUGCGCACAAAGAUUGUGGAGCUUGAACAUUUACUUCCAUCAAGUGGGCAUCCAGCUCCAAAUUACAUUGACUGCUAUCCAGUGGAGAAAGCAAACAUGCCUGCUAAGGGCCUUACUGCACAUCCUGAUAAAGCCUUAACUUCAGUUGAGAAUGAAGAUUCUGAUACCAACUUGCGUUUGGGGCUCUCUUCUGGAACUUUUGAGAAGAGGAAGGCACCUGAGGCAGCAGACUCUGGUGCUGUCGGUGCACAGAAACGGAAAAGGAGAACCCGUAGCAGUACAUAUGGGAGACAGAUCAAUUGAUUAUUUAACCUUUUGCUACCUCCCUUUGUGAUAGGAAGAAACAAAAUAGACAUAAUGCAGAAACAACUUGAGCUAUAUAUGUAACUUUUGGAUAGGCGCAUGUAGUUUGGCCAAGAGUUGCAUGAUCCUUGGAAAGCUUAAAACAUUAUCAAAGUAAUGAAACAAGUUUUCGUAUUA